AUGACCCCGGCAUCCACACCAACGCGCAAGGUCGUCUUCUUGGACGAAGCCACAGUGGGAUGGUUGCGUGCAGCUACCCAAGCGGCGGCACAACGGGUGCAAAUGCUAUUCUUGUCCGCAAAGCCCAAUCUGCCCGCCGACUGGACGCCAGCGAUGCUGCCCUGCCAGGACGGACCUGGCGAGUCAAGCUUGCCACCCCGGCGCAUCAGACUGAUUACUGCAAGCUUUAGCAGAGACAUCCUUGAUUCAUACGCAGGCGUGCUCGUUCUCGAUGGUGGGGAGUCAAACACGGCGUGGCUCGUGAAAACAACAAUGCUGACGUUCAAUCUCUGUCAAUUCGAGACGUUGCGGUCAACUUCAGCUACAGAAGCUCGCCAGAAGACUUCUGGCGCCCCCGCGAGACGACGGUCUUCGCGCUAUGUGGCCCUUGGGACUCACGAACGGCGUUGCCAAUUUCCAACGGUCGCGUGCACGCAGGGGCUUCGCCAUCGCAGACACGCCCACUUCGCCGGUGUUUUGGCCCUUCGCGGUGACCCCACCCACCCGACUUGCAAAGCUGCGUUGAUGUUGCAAUCGCGGAAGGAGACAGAACAGAAUGCAACAUUCGCGUCUACGCUGCUGACAGCCCAUGCCCCGACAGGCAUCCGCCGUCUCCCAGAUCCAACUCCUCCUGCAUGCCAAGAGAUCUCCUGCAGGAACCUCCCAGCAAGACAAACAUCCUGGUCAUCAGCAUUAGCAUCAACCAUUCCUGCUUCCGCCUACUCUCCACCAUCUCGUCCUUCGCAAACGGCCUCAAAGCCGGUUCUCAGCCCAACCUUUCGGGCGGCAGCCAUUCGACUCACACCCCGACUGGGCAGGAAAACUUCCACAAACCGGUUAUAUCAAGAUCCUGCUAAUCAGGCCGCCCUGGUAUAUGAUCGUCCCUGGGUUGCGGCAUGCAAGCCGGCAGAAAUCUGCCACCCCGAGUCAAAGAAUAGCAACGCCCUGCUGCGUUCAACCUCGCUGAGAUCGGAUCCGUCAUCCGCCCUCAUAAGACUCAUCCUCGAAGAGGAAAUAUCCUGCUUCUGCUAUCAAAACGACUGCCCGCUUUCCGCAAACUUCACGCACGCAGGUGGAUCGAUUGGUUCUAAUGACGCGUAUAACAUAGUAUAUCCCAACGCUGAUGAUGGCAACGCACGGGUGGUGGUCACGCGGCAUCAAGACCCUACUGUCAUGGCUCACAUCAUUCUUUUGCUCAAGAUUCGGCGACUCGACACAAUCGUGGCAUGA